UAACUUUACUCGGUGUCUAUCUAUCCCAUCGAGGGAGCUUUCUUCGUUGUCGUUCCACUCCGUAUCGAAGCACGAGGAAUGUCUUUUGAUGUCUUCGUCGAAGUGUUUUCACGAAACGACGACUCGGUGGUGACUCGCGCGGGUUGCCUGCUAAUCGCAUCGGUCGCCGCGAGCUUUCGGGCAGGCACCGCGAAUGAACGCUCCGUGUAACGUGUAAUGAGAUCGUCGACGUUGCAGCCGCAACCGCAGCCGUCAUCGACGUCGUACGGUCGCGCGAGGUUACCACAGCGUCGCAAAUGACACAGACUUGGCUGGACCGCCGAAUCCUACCAGCGCUCGGGCUGGGGAGUCGUCUCCGUCGCGCAGAGAAAAUGUGCUGGAAGAACAUCGAGCAGGAGGCGUUUUGUUGAUCCACGGCGACUUCGCGUAGAACGCGAACGCGACGAACGCACGCACGCACGCACGCACAUACGCGAGCAAGCACGUACGCACCGGUGCGCACGCACGGCACGUCCUGGUACAUCCGGAAGAGCAUCCCUCUCCCCCACGUUCGCUCUUCUGGACGAGAAUUUGAUGAAGCGACCGAGGCGAGGUAUUGUCGUCUCGCGGCAGUUUUUCUUGUCUAAGACUACAACCACCACUACUAUUAUUACUAUUAUUAUUGCUGCUGUUAUUAUCGAGGCCCGGGGUCGACCGAGAAAUCGCCUUAACAAUAAGUUUUCAAUCGAGACUGCCAAUGUAAGACUGAAUUACUGAUGCAUGGGAUAAUCAUUUUUGAUGUCAAGUACGGUCAGCAUCAAUGGGAAACUGCUUCUCGUGCUUUAAGGUGCCACUUCCACCAACCAGCACUGAUCAAUCUACCACAUUGGAGCAUAAAGACGAAACAAUGGAACUCAGAGGUCUGUUCCAAAAUUCUUGCCAACAAUCUGGUUCUUUCGUGCCUGAAACACAUGUGAACGGGAACAGAAAGUCCAUAAGUACACUACCUACAUUUAACAAUGUAGGUUCCGAUAAUUGUGGAUCUGUGCCCAGUGUACAAAGUAAUUUGCGUUUGUCGAGGGGAUUUUAUGCGCGAUUACCACCGUUAGGACGUUCUGGUACAACGUCGGGUCUCAAUUUAUCCACCGAACUUAAGCAACAAAAGGAACCAUCUGAGAGCAAAUUGAACGCCCUUUUCGACCAAUAUAAGGAUCCUCAUGAGGACGUAAUAUUAGCUGACGGAAUAGAAAGACUUUGUGAUGACUUACAAUUGUCGCCUGACGAAUUUAAAGUUCUUGUUCUGGCAUGGAAACUAAACGCGGAGCAGAUGUGCCAAUUCACGCGCCAUGAGUUCGUCACGGGACUGAAGGCGAUGAAAGUCGACAGUAUACGCGGUAUACAGGCUCGCUUGCCCGAGAUCGUUCAGGAAUUGACGGCCAAUGGCGACCUGUUCAAGGAUCUCUAUCGAUUCACAUUCCGAUUCGGCCUCGACGUGACGUCCGGACAGAGAAUUUUGCCGGCCGACAUGGCGAUCGUUCUUUGGAAACUCGUCUUCACGAUACGCGAACCUCCACUUCUGAUCAGGUGGCUCAACUUCCUCGAAUGUCAUCACAUCCGUGGAAUACCUAGAGACACGUGGAAUAUGUUUCUCAACUUCGCCGAGAGCAUCGGGGACGAUCUCGGUGCUUACGACGAUGCUGAGGCGUGGCCAAGUUUGUUCGACGAUUUCGUGGAAUACGAGAACGACCAGAUGAACCAAAAUAUCACUAAAGACGACAUUAUAAAAGAUGCUUCUAUCGACAAAGCUUAAAUGUUUGUAUUCUAAGAAACGACAAAGUGAAGCGAGCAUAUUACUGUCUUAUAAUCCGACCUUUGAACAGGAUCGUCCGAUAUAUUGUGGGAAGCAUAGUCCAUGUUUUAUUCCUGUUGGUAUGACCACAAAAGUGAUACUUCGGAUUUACUCUAUUGCUUUUCUUUUUUUUCUUCUUUUGUUAUUGCGUCAUAUUUGUUUUCACGCGGCAUCGUAUAUCUUUCUAUGUAAAUAUAGCUAUUUUAUUUUACAUAAUUUUAUUAUUAUUUAAUUACGUUUUGUCAUAUGUGUGUAUGAUACGAAAGAUCUUUGUAUCGCAGAUAUUUUAACAGCGCAGCUGACGAUAAAUAUAUAUUCGCGCAUAUCUUUUUAUACGAUUUCGGUUACACACACACAACAGUCUCGGUCGAAGUUAUUCAUGCGUUUUGAUUGUAGUAACAUAAACAUUGUCGAGUUUUCUAUGCAAUGUUAUUGAAUUAAUUAUGUGAUCGCUUAUGAUAACGAAUUGCGUUUGCUGAAUAAUUGUAUAAUGAUGGUGCUUAUACAUUUACAUUGCAUGGUUAGUUACAAGAAUGAUAAACUUUUCUUAUUUUACGAGAAAUUUAGGGUUUAUAUGCAUAAAGCUUUCGUCAGACGAUGCUUGAUUUCGUAUAUUUUUACAUGCAUGCUGCCAGGUGGUUGCUGGCAAGUAAUUCAAUUUAUUGCGUAGAUUGCUACAUAAUUAGAAGGCCUGUGCAGUGCAUUUGAAGAUCUAUGCAGUGAACUGAGUUUCUUAUUGCCAUGCUUGGCAGUAUAUAUAUAAAAACUCACGAAAUUGCGCAUCAUUUCAUGAUUUAACUACUACAUAGAAUUUUCAGUAUAUUUUUUUUUUGUUGGACCAUACUUCAUGUAAACAAUGCAUCUUGAAAUUCUAGUAAAUAACUAACAAUGCAUCUGAAAUAUACUAAUAAUUUAUUUAUUGUAAGUGGAUAAAAAUUUAAAACGUGCAAAACGAACGUAAAUUCGAUAUAGCAAUUUGUAAAAUUAUAGCUUUAAGAAACAAUAACUAUAAAGUGAAUUAUUGCUAACAUGAAAUUACGUUUGGCUAUUGAAUUAUAUUUUCAAUAUAUUAAAAGACAACACAUGAAGUAUUGGUAUAAUAAUAAGUAUCAUCAUUACUUUUUAGUUCCCGUAUAAAGUUAUAUUCAAUUGCAAUGUUAUUAUGGUCUGUUUGAAUUUGAAAUUCCAAGCAGCUAAAGAUAGCUUCUAUCUUCCACGCUAUAAUCGCUCUUAGCAUGGAAAACAUUAAUUACUUAUUUUAUCCACAAAGUAAGAGUUUUAUUUACAUCAUUAUUUAUGAACGUUAAUAGCUUUAUAUUAAAUUGAAAAUUAUAUUUAUGUGAUAAGAUGAUGAAUUAUAAGUCGGAAAGGUCAUUGCGGAAUAGCGCCUGUGUUGUAAAAGUCUUAUAAAUUAGACUAUAAAAAAUAUUUCUUAGGAAAUUUUGCUAGAAAUAUUCGGUGUCAGAGAUUCUCUGUAGAGAUGAAAGCUUUAGUAAAUAUCCUGAGAUUCUGUUCAAAGGAGUACGUUCAGGGAAAAGCGAGAAAUGUAAUUUUGCAUAAGGAAAAGUUUAGAAAUGAAUUCUCACACAAUCCAAAUUUGUGAUACAGUGUGUAUAAGUAUAUAUACAGGAUGAAUCGCACACUUACAGGAUGGAUUGUAGUUCUUGUUUCGUUGAAGACGGAAAGAAAUUGUGAAGGGAAAAGACGCUUUUUUCGUAAGCGGAGUGUCAGAGAAGUGCGAUUAUAUCUUUUUGGUCUGUAGGAAAAAUAGAGUCUCUUCCUCUCUCUCACAUCACUUGCUUCUUUUACCUUUAUCAUUUAUAUUCCAUAUUUAACGAAACACUUCUUGUCUCGACGGCGUGACUCAUUCUGUAUAGUUUCCAAUGCAUUAAUAUUUCUUACAUUUUUUGAGGAUACUGUUAAAACAGUGAACAAAUGUAAAAAGAAAAGUGAAAUAUCUCAUAUUAUACAAAGAUCCUAAAAAUUUACCUGAUUGAAUAUGUGUAUGUAUGUAUAUACAUAUAUACAUAUAUAUAUACACACACACACACACACACAUAUAUAUAUAUAUAUAUGUGUGUACACACACAGGAUAUUCUACUUCUACCACGUUAUUUUUGAUAGAUUCUUUGAUCGAUUUGGAGUCGAAUUUUUUUUCAAGUGACAAUGUUGAUGCACUUAAAAUUUUCAAAUUAUAACUGAUUAAGAUUCCUCGCGUACUAGACUUUAGGCAGCUCAGUGGAUACGAAAACCACGUUUCUCAGCUAAUUUUUGAGGAAAAAAUUUGGGAAUUGUAAAAAGUGAUUUCCUCCCUCAACAUUUACACUAAGGAAAAAUCGUCUCCAAAUUGUUUGUACAAUCUGCUGUUAUAAAACAAUGCGGCAGAAAUGGCAUACCCUGUAUGUAUAAUUAGAAUUAGUGUGUAUAUGACGUACAUUUGUCCAAAACUCACGUAACAUAUUAAUGUGACGCGGUGUACUUGUUACGAAAAUUUCAGUCAUGUGCAACUAAUGUUCAUCUAACGAUAUUGCGAACAAUGGAAAGUGUAUAAAUUUAA